AUGCCGUGCUAUUGCAAUACUAUCAUAAAAAUUAAUCAAGUUCGACAAUCUACAAAUGAAAAUAUUAAUUUAACUAUUGUAUGGUCUAUCAGUACAUAUCUAGCUGAACAAGAAGAUAAUGAUAUCGAAAUGGUAAUGUUCAUACCAAUAAAUACUGACGAUAUAGAUUCUGACUGCCAAGCGAUCUUCGAAAAAAACAAAUACUAUGCAAUUUGUGAAAAAAUUAUCCCCGGAUGCUAUCGUGGUGUUAAAAGGCCAAAAAUGACUGUUGCAGCGUCAACACACAUUGCUAUUAAUAAAAUAACCAAUAGACAAUUCAAUUCAAACAAUUGCCCAUUGAACGCUUCCCUGGUUGGUAUUACUCAAAAUACUCCUGAAGAGCUUAAAAACAAUGAAGAUGCAGUCAUUGAAAUUUUAGUCAAUGACUUUACAACUCAAGAACACAAUUUU